GAGUCUGCGGGGUCUGUAGCUCUUCCAUCUGCUGCAGAACUUAAGAGAUCUGCGCUGUUGUUGGAGGCCAAUUUGGAGAUGGCUACAGCUAAAUUCGGGCCUUAAACUACCAACUGAGAUAUAACCUUGACAUGGCAGAGGGAAGAGAGAUCUUGAUUCAUUUGGCCGUAGUGCUGUCCAUCGCUCUCACCUCUCUGACAACACUCGACACAGACCAGGAGCUGCAGGACAGCGGCUUUGGCCAACCACCGCCUCGCCACGGUCUCAAGCUGUUGGCGUGGUACGUUCAAGACUGCGUGGACAACAACAUGGUAGCACUGUGCGAUCCUAUCAAAGGAGAGUAUGGAUUUCAUGAGUUUAAGAACCGAGGGCCCAGACGUCUGCUUCCAGUAAUAAAGAACAAAAGGCAAUACAGGUACUACACCAUUGGAAACCUCCACUCUGCCCAUGCCGACAUGCUGCCCUUUGAAGUCAGGAGGUACUACAACCGCAGCGACCCUGAAAGUAACAAGGACAGAGUUUUGGUAAGGUACAACAUCAACAAUAAACAUAUUGAGCAGAUCUAUGCAUCUGCACAUUAUCAGCCAAGAGAGACGUACAUAAUUGGCCCAAAUCUUGUUGACUCUCUUCGACAGCCAGCACCCAACAUUGAAAUGUGAUGUACUGCAAAUGUAAGAUCAGAAUAUAUUUUUCACACAUGCUUUAAACAAGCUUUGAUUCAAAUAUUUAGCUGCUGCUUUUUAUUUUUUUAGAAUGGGGGAGUCAGAAAAGAUAACACUGACGGCCUGCUUGCAGAGUAUACAGCACACAUGACUGAAAAUGUUCAAAUGUGCAGCAUGAGAUUCUUUUUUUCUUCAUCAACAGACACAUUGAUGUUUAGUAUGUGUUUGCUCCUAGAGUGUCAAAAAACAAUGCUUGACCUGUGUGUCUGCUCACUCACAGAGGCACAUUUUACUGAGACACAUAGAGCUUUUAACUAACUGUUGUUAGUAGUAGACGCUCACAGCGACAAAAUUAGAACAGGAAGUCACCGGGUUAGAGGACAAUACGUCCACAACUUACUUCAAAAUCCUACACAAAAGGCCUCAUUUCAGGGACCCUGGAAGCCUCUGCUUUAGUGGCUCAAUAUGGAAACCUGGCCAAAUAGAAGUAACUAUAGCAAUAGCAAAAAUAUAUUAAAAUACAAAAAAAUAACAUGCAGGGACCAGAUAAUACAUCCUCUAUAUAGAUCACAGAACAAGAGCGCAACAAGCAGCUUCAUUAAAGUAAAUGAGAAAAGUACAGGAAAUGAAGCACGUUUAUUGUUGGUUGUCUGUACUUUUUUACCUUUCCAGAGUCAUGUAUGAGUAUGAGUCUGUACAAAUCUGUAUGAACUCCAACAAUAGGAGGCCGUCAAUCAAAAUGUUUACUAAUGAGUUGUGAAACAUGACGCUGCCCACCUUCAUGGCCAAAAGGUACAUACUCUCGCAGAACUCACUUUUAGUAUUAUGAUGACAAAGCACCCUCAUGCCUGCAGUCGUCAAAACCCACAGAAAGGCCUCAUUCAUCUUCCGCUCUCCUCUGUUGCCAAUAGGAGGACACCAUUUAGAGCACCGCACGCUCACAGGUUGAAUUCAGAUUUGAUUUGCGCUCCCACUAAAAAAAUAGAAGAGGGCUCGUGAAGGGGCCGGUGAACAAGCAGAACCAAUCUCAGCAGAUAACAGAGAUUUAUAGGGUCCUCACUUCGUGCAAAAAUAUGUGGCAGACUAAACAUACACCGCCUGAUGUUGUUAUACGAUCUACGGAUGGCUCAAACAUGUCCUCUUAACGUACUGUCUGUAGUUACCCAAUGUGUUUUAAUAAUAAAUGUUCUUUUUGGAGUUUGCCAACCACCUCAGCCAAGCCACACUGUAUACUGUCAAAAUGCUGAAGAAGCCAGGCUAGCAUUGGCAGCAGCCAGCUAGUCCACUACCAUGCUUUGCAUACUGUUCACAUCACAGUUGGCUAUUUAUUUUAAGGUCAACUAUUAGCUUUCAAGUCCAAUCAAAAUUAAACUGCUUUUAAAAGUUUUGUCUGCUUCAGUAAGCUAAAUAUUGGUUAUGUGUUCUCCCUUAAAAAGUUGUUUUUACAUUUUUGGAUUACAUAAUUUUGCUCUUUUUGCAUAAAUUCAACAAAAUAAAGUUCUCGUUUACAUCAAUAUCAGUGGCAGGAUAUGUAUUUUCUAGGUGGGGAUUCAGUUUUUUGUACAUUUGAACAACAACCUCAAUAUGAGGCUACAGUUGUAGGUUAUGUGUUUUGUGUACAACUCAUAUCCAAAUAACCCUGAAAUUUAAAGUGAAAUAAAAUGUUACAUGAAGCUCAACACCUACAAAUGCAGUAACUGUAGCCACAUGAAUAUGCGCAUGACGUUACUAAAACAACGCACAUUCAAGAGCACAUCCAUACAAAUAGUUGAAGACAAUAUCAUUCUCAUAUACGCUCUCAUAAGCGUCUGUGGAUGGUGGUUGUCCCUGCAGUGGUCCUGCCGGACAACUUGUUCUGCUACUCACAAUUACUUGCAUCAUUUGUGUUAUAGGAAUUGAAUGUAUUGUACAUCUUUUACAUUGUUGAUUCUGUACACAUGACAUCCAUCCCAGGAGAGGGAUCCCUCCUCUGACGUUCUCCCUAAGGUUUCUUCCCUUUUUCCCCCAUUGAAGGGUU